AGCCACUUUGGCUCAAGCUAUCCAGCUACCUGCGGCAGGCUCCGCUACCGUGCAAGCGCAGCAGGGCAGCAGGCAGGAGGCUGAUCUUAAGACCCUCUCCAGCGCAGUUGCCUGAGCGGCGUGUGUGCUGACACACAUGCGCCUUCCUUGCCCUCUGCUUCGUUCUGCGUGGCGGCGGAUUCUUCUUGGCUGCGGUGAAAUAGUUUUUCGUGUUUGGCAGCGAUGGGCGAAGGCGGUUUCGGCAAAGGGAAGCCCGACGGUAAGGGCAAGAAGGGCAAGAAGGGAAAGAAGGGUGGCAAGAAGGGAGCCGAAGAAAAGGAAUGGGUGCCCUGCACCAAGCUCGGACGCCUUGUUAAGGAGGGCAAGAUCACUUCAAUCGAGGACAUCUACCUUCACUCUCUGCCCAUCAAGGAAUACCAGAUCAUCGACCAAUUCUUCCAGCCAGGCACUCUCAAGGACGAGGUGAUGAAGAUCCAUCCGGUGCAGAAGAUGAGCUCGGCUGGCCAGACGAACCGCUUCGUUUGCUACGUCCUUGUCGGCGACAACAACGGCCACAUCGGCCUGGGAUCGAAGUGCUCCAAGGAGGUCGCGACCGCCAUCCGCGGCGGCAUCAUCGCAGCCAAGCUGAGCCUCAUCCCCGUCCGGCGAGGGUACUGGGGGAACAAGAUCGGCCUGCCGCACACAGUGCCGAUGAAGGUUGCGGGCAAGUGCGGCUCGGUGCGCGUCCGGCUCGUCCCGGCGCCCCGCGGAUCGAGCGUCGUCGGCUCCCCCGUGAUGAAGAAGAUGCUUGCGUUCUGCGGCAUCCAGGACUGCUUCAGCUGCUCCUGCGGGCACACCAGGACCAAGGGCAACUUCAUCAAGGCCACGUUCGACGCCCUCAGGGCGACCUUCGGCUACCUCACGCCGGACCUCUGGAAGCCCACGCACUUCGUGAAGCCUCCGUUCCAGGAGUGGUCGGACCACCUCGCUCAGACGAAGGCCGUCGCCUACUGAGCGGGGGCCGCCGCGCGGGCGCCCACGGCCCCCCCCCCCCCCCGGGGCCGGGCCAGGCGCAGCGCACGGCCUCUCCCUCCCGCCACCCGUCCGCCUCGCCCCUCUCCCCAUUACCUCCUCCUCCUCCUCCUGACGC